CUAAAUUUUUGUCAGUCGAGUGAAAAUCGUUCACGGAAAUGGCGUCUCUGCUCAAGUUGUCGCAAAAUUUGGCUAAAUUGCCUAAAAAUAAUAUUGCAAUCCAGCACUUGCGAUGCGCCACCACCGCCGCUAAACCCAACGAGACGCUGUUGAACGUGCCCCCAACGAAAGUCACAACUUUGAAUAAUGGAAUUCGUGUGGCGACUGAGGACUGGGGAUCACAGACAGCCACUGUGGGCAUUUGGAUUGAUGCUGGCAGCCGUUAUGAAAACGCUAAGAACAAUGGUGUUGCCCACUUCAUGGAGCAUAUGGCAUUUAAGGGCACUGGUAAGCGUUCCCAAAGUCAAUUGGAAAUUGAAAUUGAGGAUAUGGGAGCACAAUUGAAUGCUUAUACCAGCAGGGAGCAAACAGUAUACUACAGCAAGUGCUUGAGCAAGGAUGUGCCAAAGGCCAUGGAAAUCUUAUCUGAUAUUGUGCAAAACGCUAAAUUGGGUUCUCAAGAAAUCGAAAGAGAGCGUGGCGUAAUCUUGCGCGAAAUGCAAGAGGUUGAAAGUAACUUACAAGAGGUCGUUUUCGAUCAUUUACAUGCCAUCGCCUACCAAGGAACUCCAUUGGCCAACACCAUUUUGGGACCCACUGCUAAUAUCAAAACUAUCAACAAUACUGAUUUGCGCUCAUAUUUGGAUAAUCACUACAAAGCUAGCCGCAUUGUAGUUGCUGGUGCCGGCGGUGUCAGUCACGAGGAGUUGACUAAAUUGGCUGAAUGCACUUUGAAUAAGGUGAACAAUGAAUAUACUGCUGAAAUCCCAUCCUUGUCUCCAUGCAGGUACUCCGGAGCCGAGAUCAGAGUUCGCGACGAUAGUUUGCCUUUGGCUCACAUUGCUAUUGCCGUAGAAGGUACUGGCUGGACAAACCCUGACACCCUUACUUUGAUGGUUGCCAGUACUCUGAUGGGCGCUUGGGAUCGUUCUCAAGCUUCCGCUAAACAAAAUGCUACCAACUUGGCUCGCGCUAGCGGAGAAGGCGAUUUGUGCCAUUCCUUCCAAUCAUUCAACACCUGCUACAAAGACACUGGUCUUUGGGGUGUAUAUUUCGUCUCCGAUCCAUUGAAAAUCGAGUCAAUGAUGUUCCAUGUACAAGAGGAAUUUAUGCGUUUGUGCACUAGCGUCACCGAAGGUGAAGUCAACAGGGCCAAGGCUCUCCUUAUCGCUAACACUCUGUUACAAUUGGACACCUCCACCGCCGUUUGUGAAGACAUCGGUCGUCAAAUGCUGUGCUACGGCCGCCGUCUGCCCCCUCACGAAUUGGUUCACAGGAUCCAAUCCAUCACCGCUGAAAAUGUUCGCGAUGUAUGUUACAAAUACAUUUACGAUCGCUGCCCAGCCGUUGCUGCUGUAGGUCCAGUAGAACAAUUGCCCGACUACAACAGGGUCAGAUCAGCCAUGUACUGGAUGCGCGUCUAAACCAAUUAUUAAUUUAAUAUUUAAUAAAAAAAAUACACGAAAAUAAUUAA